AUGGCAUCUGCCAGAGAUAUUCGUCCUCGCCAGGAUGACUUGGCCGCUCAGGCUCAAUACUUCUCCACUUCGCCCUCCGCUUCCUUCCACUCUCCCUCUAGCCAUAGCUCAGCGCUCACCCGGACCAUCCCAGUGCUCAAUGCGAAGCAUCUGAAGCCUUUUGCGACCCAGGAUAUCAAGGUUUUGCUGCUUGAGAACGUGAACGUGGCCGGCCGUGAGAUCCUGCAACAGCAAGGCUACCAGGUGGAAUUCCUCAAGUCUUCUCUUCCGGAAGACCAACUCAUUGAGAAGAUUCGGGAUGUACACGUCAUUGGUAUUCGCUCAAAGACAAAGCUUACCGAGCGCGUCCUGAAGGAGGCCAAGAACCUGAUUGUGAUCGGCUGCUUCUGUAUCGGAACCAACCAGGUCGACCUACAGUAUGCCGCUGAGCAUGGUAUCGCCGUAUUCAAUUCGCCGUUCAGCAACUCCCGCAGUGUCGCCGAGCUGGUAAUUGGUGAGAUCAUUGCCCUUGCGCGACAGCUGGGCGACCGCUCCAACGAGAUGCACAACGGGACUUGGAACAAAGUCAGCAACAAGUGCUGGGAGAUUCGUGGCAAGACAUUGGGUAAGUCUUUGAUCUCUCAGAGUGCGCAGGAAUCAAUAACUCACGAAAUCUCCAUAGGUAUCAUUGGUUAUGGUCACAUCGGUGCCCAAUUGUCUGUCUUGGCCGAGGCCAUGGGCAUGUCGGUCAUCUUCUACGACGUGCUUAACCUGAUGUCCUUGGGUACGGCUCGCCAGGUCGAUACUCUGGACCAACUGAUGGCCGAGGCCGAUUUCAUUACUUGCCAUGUGCCCGAACUUCCCGAGACCAAGGGCAUGAUUGGUCAGAAGCAAUUUGAGAAGAUGAAGACUGGCAGCUAUUUGAUCAAUGCCAGCCGUGGAACCGUUGUUGACAUCCCCGCCCUCAUCGAUGCCAUGCGCAGCGGCCGAGUGGCCGGUGCCGCGCUGGAUGUGUACCCCAAUGAGCCUGCCGGAAAUGGCGACUACUUCAACAAUGACUUGAAUGAGUGGGGAACUGAUCUGCGUUCCCUGAAAAACCUGAUUCUGACCCCUCACAUUGGAGGAAGCACCGAGGAGGCCCAGAGUGCUAUCGGUGUGGAAGUGGCUCUGGCCUUGAGCCGAUACGUCAACGAGGGCACCACCCUCGGUGCUGUUAACUUGCCUGAAGUGACUCUCCGUUCUCUGACUAUGGAUGAGCCAAACCACGCUCGGGUCAUCUAUAUUCACAAGAACAUUCCUGGUGUGUUGCGCAAAGUUAACGAAGUCAUUGGUGAUCACAACGUCGACAAGCAAAUGACCGACAGCAGAGGCGAUGUUGCCUAUCUGAUGGCUGAUAUCAGCGAUGUGAGCGCUGCUGUGAUCAAGGACUUGUACGAGAGACUUGAAUCUCUUAACUCCCGAAUUAUGACACGAAUUCUGUACUAA